UUUAGUAAAUAAAAAGGAUUUCUUACUGUCCCUGAGGAUUUAUAGAUCCGCAGAAUGAGUACAGAGUUCACAGCGGACCAAGUCAUAGAUGCAGUUAAUACGCUGAGCUUGGGCAACGUGGUGUGGGCCGAUGAGUACUUGGCCGCUUUUCAGAAGUCGAAUGACACCUGGAUUAUAGCUGAGGAAAUACUAUCCCACAGGCCACCCCAUGAUGUGCACAUCAUGACCUUUGCGGCAAUGAGCUUGGCCAAAAAAAUAAAGGAAUGUUUUCAUAGUCUGCGAAAGCCCCAGCUCGUCUCUCUAAGGGAUUGCCUAAUCAAUCACCUGAAAUAUGCAGCUAUGAUGUCGGACUCCAAUUCUUUGAUUGUGCAGUUAGGAGUAUGCCUAUCCGCCUUGGGCCUAAUGGCUGCACAAUGGGAUUACGAUCUAGAAGACUUUGUAACGAAGCUAUCUGGAAAACCCCAGCACGUGAUGGCGCUUUUGGAGGUCCUGAGGGUCGUGCCUGAAGAGACUCGGCCAUCGAAUCUGCUCUUGUCAGCAGAGCAAUUGCAUUUCGUGAUUCACGAACUGCGAUUUCAGUCCACCUAUAUCUUGGAUGUGCUGGAAGGACUUGUAGAGCGACCGGACUUGCCGGACGACGUCUUGUCGAAAUGUCUGGCAGCUUGCGCGUCCUGGACCAAAUUUGGUUUGCUUUCACCCAAUGAAGUGCUGGACAGCAAACUGCUUGUAAAGGCUGAAUUUAUUCUAGUUACCCCGCUGGCUGAAGGACAUUUGCAGGCGGCGGAACUGCUCGUAGCCAUGCUCGAGCAAUCGCUGGUCAGAGUUGAUCUGAAUGGUCGUUUGGCUGACUUGGUCAUCUCCCUAAAGCCGGCAUUCAAACGCUCCAUGGGCGAAAGCCCAUUGUUGCAAAACUAUUGCAACAUAUUUGUGAAUCUGUUCCACACACACUUCCAGCUAACUCAAACGAAUCCCGAGCGACUCGAAGAGCGACUCCAAACCAUCGAGCUAUUGUUACUUAUAGCCGAACUGUCCCCUUUGGAGGUAAUAGAAGCCUCUUUGGGCAUGUGGUCCUCGAUUUCAGAAGAAGUGUUUCAGCACGCCGAUCCCCACAAGUAUUCUGUGUAUCGGCCGUACUUCCUGCGGCUCCUGGAUCUGCUGCUUCCACGUGCUGCACUGCCAGCCAGUUAUGAAUUCAUGAUGCCACCAGACUCGGCAGAUAUACAGCGCUUCCGAGGACUCAUUGGCGAGGUCCUGUUGGAUAUGGCUCACAUAAUAAACGCUGAUACCUUGGAGAAGCUGUACAAUAUAGUGGUGGAUAGGCAGAGCUCCUGGACAGAAGUGGAGGUUGGCGUUUUUUUCCUGCGUCACCUGAUGGGAAACAUCAAGAAGCAACAAACUGACAUAAUCCUAGGCAUUUUAAAUAGCAUACACGAUCGCCCGCAGGCUUUCAUACGCCUGCAGCUCCUGGAGCUGAUCUCAAUCCCGGAAACCGUGAGUAUCGAGACCAUCUGGGCUUGUCUGGUCAACGAACUCCGCCGCGCGGAUCCGAUGCUGCCGGCUGUCGAGUGCCGCCUGAACCUGCUGAUGCCCCAUUGGAAUUACUUAGUCAUCCUGGCCAUCGAGGUGGACGAGUUCCGCUUGGAGGAGAGCGAGCGGUGCCAGCUGCUGUCCAGUGUCUGUGCUUUGAUCCGGGAACUGCCUGCGGCGGAUAUCCUGCGAGCCCAGAGGUCAAUGCUUAAUAUAAAGUGGCUUAAGUGUCCUGUCCACUGGCAGGAAAAUCGCCUCAGGCUGCUACAGAAUAGUUUUUAG